AUGCCUUCGGUACCCCCUCAGGGCCAGCAUGACACGCGUGCCAACCAGUACUACGGGGAUGUCGAGACCAAGGAUAAGAAGAAGGAUGAGAAGAAGAAGAGCAGUGGCUAUGGCGGUGCCAUUGGUGGAGCUGCAGCCGGUCUGGCUGUAGGAGCUAUUGGUGGUGCACUGAUUGCUGACGCUCUGGGUAAGUGUCUAACCUUUCAAUUACUCACCUUAGCUCUUGCUGACUUUCUUGGAAUUUGCAGACGACUCGGACGACGAGAAGAAGCAUGCCGCCCCUGCAGCCGCUGCACCCAGCUACGCUCCGGCCCCCACCAACUACGCUCCUGCUCCCGACCCGUCGUACGGAGGCUACGGUGCCCCAUCCCAAGACUCCUACGGCUACAGCGCUCCUGCCCCGGUCGCCCAGCCUUCUGGUUAUGGCGGAUCUGCCUACGAGCCAGGUCUGUACGAUGA